AUGGCGGAGGAGAAGAAAAUUGCUCCAAUUGGUAUCUGGAACACUGUGAAGCCCUUCGUCAAUGGCGGUACCUCUGGUAUGCUUGCAACCUGCGUUAUCCAGCCGAUUGACAUGAUCAAGGUGAGGAUUCAACUAGGUCAGGGAUCUGCGGUCAGUGUGACCACGACCAUGUUGAAGAAUGAGGGUAUCGGUGCCUUCUACAAGGUAUAUAGAUCAUAUGUUUUGGAUAUUGAUUAG